AGGUUGGCCGUGACGUCACCCAGGUGUGUGUGUGUGUGUACGCGGACAGGUGCAGUGAAAGGCGUCCUCUCACUGGCUUGUUUUGAACAGAUUUGAAAAAAGUGGUUCGUCUGGUUUGAUUCGAUCUUCACCCGACGUGGACGGUUGUCAGGUCUACCCGGGUCUAGUCCGUGUCCGGUUUGUACAUCGAUCGCGAAUCUAAAGUUCGACAAAAUGAGUAAAAUGUCGAGGAUGUUCAAAGGGAGCUCUGGCUCUUCGAGUUCCUCGUCCAGUUCCUCCAAGUCCAGGUCGAAGUCGCGGUCCGGCGCCUCUCCACAGGAGGCCAUCCACCGGCUCCGGGAGACCGAGGAAAUGCUGACCAAGAAGCAGGAGUACCUGGAGCAGAAGAUAGAGCAGGAGAUCGCUACCGCCAAGAAAUACGGCACCAAAAACAAGCGAGGCGCCCUCCAGGCCCUGAAGAGGAAGAAGCGCCACGAGCAGCAGCUGACCCAGAUCGACGGGACCCUGUCCACCAUCGAGUUCCAGCGGGAGGCGCUGGAGAACGCCAGCACCAACACGGAGGUCCUGAAGAACAUGAGCUACGCCGCCAAGGCCAUCAAGGGGGUCCACCAGAACAUGGACGUAGAUAAGAUAGACUCUCUGAUGCAGGACAUCACAGAGCAACAGGAAGUGGCCCAGGAGAUUUGCGACGCUAUUGGCCGACCGUUCGGUGACACGUUUGACGAGGACGAGCUCCUAGCAGAGCUGGAGCAGCUGGAGCAGGAGGAAGAGGAGGAGAGGAUGAAGGAGAUGGCCCGUCUCCCCAGGGUACCCUCCUCUAAGGUCCCCAGCUCCAGGGUACCUUCCGGGGCCCCUAGCUCCAGGGUACCUUCCGGGGCCCCCAGCCACAGAACCCAGUCCAAGAAGAGGGUGGAGGAUGAUACCGACAUGAAAAAACUGGCUUCGUGGGCUACAUAAGACACACGCACGCACGCACGCACGCACGCACGCACGCACGCACGCACGCACGCACGCACACACGCACGCACGCACGCACACACACUAAUGAAGUAUUUUUGUAUUAUGCAGUAAUGUUGCCAGGGAGUAGGAAGUGUUUUGAUUACAUUCUAAUGAAGGAAUAACCUGUAUUUUUAUGAUAUAUGUCCUCAACAUUGAUUUUUUUUUUGUGAUUUUACAUUGUGAACAUGAAACCAGACUGCUGUAAAUACGUAUGAAAAAUUGCAUUCAAAUCAAUCAAUAUAUGAAUAGGACUAGAAAGGAUUAAUUGAAGGAAUAAAUAAACUUAACAUUUUGCGAAAAAGUUGGACGACGACGCUAUGGGAAAUGAAUCAUGUUAAUGUUUAACCUGUGUAAAUUAUAUUCAUGUAAUAAAAGCUGCUCGCAUAAAAGGCUGCGACGGGCCCAUAAA